AUGGAAGUCUCUCUCACUACCUUCCUUGCCUUUGCCCUUUUUGUCUUCCUCGUCCGUAAACUAUUCAGCCCUUCCAAAUCAAAACAAAACCUUCCCCCAGAGCCAUGGAGACUCCCAAUAAUCGGACACAUGCACCAUUUGAUAGGUUCCCUGCCUCACCAUGGUCUCCGCGACUUGGCCAGGAAAUAUGGACCUCUCAUGCAUCUACAACUCGGAGAGCUUUCUACCAUCAUUAUCUCCGAUCCACGCUGGGCUAAAGAGGUCUUAACCACUCAUGAUAUUGCCUUCGCAGAUAGACCAGUGGUUUUAACCACUGAAAUUGUCGCAUACCAAAACACCGACGUCGUAUGGUCUCCCUAUGGUGAUUACUGGAGACAAUUACGAAAACUUAUGACCUUAGAGCUUAUGAGUGUCAAAAAAGUAAAGUCGUUUCAUUAUAUUCGUGAGGACGAGUGUUAUAAUCUUGUCAAAACCCUUCGUGAGUCAGCUGGUUCACCAGUUAAUCUUUCACAAAUGAUUUUCGACACCAUUGCUAGGAUAGUAUGUAGAACAUCAUUUGGUAAAGGAUGCAAAGACCAAGAAGAGUUUAUAGAUAUUGUGAAAGAGCUGUUUCACCUAACAGGAGGGUUUGAUGUAGCCGACGUGUUUCCAUCCAAGAAAAUCAUCCACACACUCACUGGCAAGAGACAGAAGCUCGAGAGCAUACACAAGAGACUCGACAAGAUCCUUAGCGACGUUAUCACCCAACAUCCUGGGCAACAUAAAGAAUCAAAUGAAGUGGAGUCUCUUCUCGAUGUCUUACUAAGGCUCCAAGCUAGCGGCGAAUUCGAGUUGACGACAAAGAAUGUCAAAGCAGUAACUUUGGAUAUGUUUGGAGGGGGCACUGAUACAUCUUCAGCAACAUUAGAAUGGGCAGUUUCAGAACUGAUAAGGAACCCAAGGGUGCUGAAGAAAGCUCAAGCCGAACUCAGGGAAGCUCUUAAAGGAAAAGAAAGAUUUGAAGAGGCAGACAUUCAGGAUCUUGACUACUUGAAGCUAGUGGUGCGAGAAACCUUGAGGAUGCAUCUUCCACUUCCGCUGUUGUUCCCUAGAGAAUGUAGAGAGGCAUGCAAACUGGGAGGAUAUGAUAUACCCGUUGGGACAAAACUUAUGGUCAAUGGUUGGGCAAUCAAUAGGGAUCCUCAAUACUGGGCAAACCCUGAUAGCUUCGUACCAGAGAGGUUUAGCCAUAACCCCACAAAUGUGUUGGGAUCAGAAUUCGAGUAUCUGCCAUUUGGAGCCGGAAGAAGGAUGUGUCCAGCAGCUGUUCUUGGUAUAGCCAAUGUUGAGGUUCCGUUAGCUCAUAUGCUCUACUACUUUGACUGGGAACUUCCAAAUGGCGCAAAGGGUGAUGACCUUGACAUGGUUGAACUCUUUGGAGCAUCGGUUCAAAGAAAGAACGAGUUAUAUGUGGUGAUGAAGCCACACAACUUCGCUAAUUGA